UAUUGGAGGUUGGGGGGUGAAGUCCAGCAAGGGAGAAUCUGGAAGUGCUGGAAAGAUAGUUAUUCAAGUUCACAUCUCCCUUGUGCUCGUCAGAAGAAAUGUCAAUUAAUCUCUGACCUUGCUGUUUAGUUUGUACUUUAAUAUGGAAAGGCAGGUUUGGUGUAAUGAAAUUUUCCCUCACCUCAUUUGCCCUACCUGGCUUUAUCCAAGGUUAACUCUUCCAUUUAGAAAUCACCUUUCUCAAACUGCUCUACAUGCAUUAAUUAAGCCUUAGAACACACCUCUGAGAUGGGCAUUAUUAGAAGGGAGGAAACUGGAGGCACAGACAAAUCUGACCAAUAACACACAGCAAUUCAGUGACAGAGCUGGGAAUAGUGACUGACUCCCAAUCUCCUGCUCCAACUAGGUAACAUUGCUUGACUCAUGCAAAACUAAUCACUGUGGACUUCAGGUCCUUUCCGGAUGCCGGUGGGGAGACAAAUGGGAACCAUUCACUGCAUAUUUUCCUGUUGGGAUGAUACUUCACAUGGUAUCUGAGAUUACAAAUUAAUUGAGCUUGUUGAGUCUCAUACGUAUCUCUCAUUUGUGAAUAUCACAAAAGCUCUACCACAGGAUUUUGUAGUGACUGUGCAAUAGAGGCCCAAGAUGGGUUUCAAAGAGCAGGGGUCAGCACAGAGUGGCUUUAGCAGAGUUCUGAAGGUUCACAUGACUGAAAUAGCCAAACACACUGCAAGUGAUAAUUAAGUUAACAGAUGGUGCUGCAGGUCAGAAUUCAGAUGCUUCAAAGGAGUUUUGGGGGACCCUGUUUCAUGUCCCAUGUGCUGGGCAAAAACAUGAAAGGACUCCAUGCUUGUAAAACUAAAUGGGCUCUUUAUUAAGAGACCUAUUUACAGAGAUGCUGCAGCUGCACCUAGCAUUCCAGCCAUGUGCACAUAGACUGACUUCCUGACAACUUGUGCUCCUCCCUCCAAGUAUUAUGCAGGUUGCUACAAGCCCCAUGGCUCAGAUGGCAAGAGGUCCUGCAGGGUAGGACUCAGGGUCAUUGGCAGAAUGGUGUGGGGAACUGCAAUGUACUCAAAGGUUCUGCACUAUGCCAUGGUUUUUAACCAGUCUCCUGGGAGUAACCCCUUUAGAGAGUUGGAUCCCAAGAUCCACAGUGUUCCACAAGGGCAGGCCCAUAGCCUCCAUGACUCUGAAACUGGGCCUUCAGGUGCCAGCAAGCCCUGUCUCUCUCUGUCUCUCUGGAGCAAGUCCAGCUGAGCCAGACUCCUGUGAGAGCCUUUUCCCCUCCUUCAGGGUGCAAUGCUCUUCAGUAAAGUAUCUGCAGCAACACCAGGCACUCUUUUGAUAAUAACAUAACCUUUUUAGUCACCUGGAAUACAGCACCAAAAGUCUUCAUGUUAGCAUGAGAGAGGCUGGCUUAGGACAGAGUUCAUGGCAGUGGAAGCCAGGGCUUUGCCAUGCUCUCCUUCUUCCUGAGCUCCAUCUUCACUCUCCCCCAGACCUUUGUCCCUGUGCCUGUCCCAAAUUUCCCACUGUUUGUCUGUGAACCCUCUUCUUAGCCCAGACUCCUGAUACCUUUUGUCUAGUGUCCUCCUGCUGCAAGCCACACUGAGUUCACAUGGCCAGCCAGCCUCGGACUCUCAGUUGCUAGGUCCUAAAUUCUGGUCACCGCCUCUUCCUUUGUCUCCUCCAGAUCCUCCAUUUACAUUUGUAGGUCAUAUGUAGUUCAUGUUAAUGAUUCUCGUCUCCAUCCAUGCAGCUAAAGUGACUCAAACACCCAUUGCUUCCCUUUACACUCAGUGUAUGGCAAUACAAAGCUCACAGGGAAACCAAGCUACACCUAUGGACCAUAAAAAUAUUGCCAACAAUUUCCACAUUCAUCACAGGAGCCCAGAACUGGCAUAGCAGGGGGUUGCAGAGCAGGACUGAGGGGCAUUGGCAGAGCUGUGUGGGGAGCCCAGGACUGAAAUAGCAGGCGUGUGCAAGGCAGGACUAAGGCACAUCAGCAGGGCUGUAUAGAGUUGGACAUUUUCUCUUUUAAUUUCACGAAAUGCUUGUUUCGAUCUCUGUGGCACCGCAGUCACUUUAUUACCUUUUUAGAUUGAUAGGGUAACUAUAUUUGUCUGAACUGAUGUAAGACCCUGGGAAGUGGAAACCUGGUAGGACUUUGGGUUGGGGAGAUAACACCCUCUGGGAGGUAUAAAGGGGGUGAUUUCUUCAGCAAAACCUGUCACAGCUGAGAGUGCUCACUAACAGCGACACCAUGAAGUUUCUCCUGAUUCUUGCCUGCCUAGGAGCAGCAGUUGCUGUCCCUGUUGAUGAUGAUGACAAAAUCGUGGGGGGCUACCCCUGCUCUGUCCCAUACCAGGUGUCCCUGAACUCUGGAUACCACUUCUGCGGGGGCUCCCUCAUCAACAACCAAUGGGUCGUGUCAGCUGCUCACUGCUACAAAUCCCGCAUCGAGGUGAGGCUCGGGGAAUACAACAUCGAUGUGGUGGAAGGGAACGAGCAGUUCAUCAGCGCCAUUAAAAUAAUUCGCCACCCCAAAUACAAUUCAAGGCUCCUGGAUAAUGACAUUAUGCUGAUCAAGCUGGCAACCCAAGCUAACUUGAACUCCCAUGUCGCAACCAUCCCUCUUCCCUCUGCUUGUGUGGCUGCUGGGACUCAGUGUCUGAUUUCUGGGUGGGGAAACACCCUCAGCAGUGGCUCUAACUACCCCGAGAUUCUCCAGUGUCUGGAUGCUCCAGUCCUGACUGACGCUGUGUGCAGUGCUGCUUACCCAGGGCAAAUCACUGAAAACAUGUUCUGCAUUGGAUUCCCUGAGGGUGGCAAAGACUCCUGCCAGGGUGAUUCUGGUGGCCCAGCUGUGUGCAACGGUGUGCUCCAAGGAAUUGUGUCCUGGGGGAUUGGGUGUGCUCAGCAGGGUUACCCUGGAGUCUACACCAAGGUCUGCAACUAUGUUGACUGGAUCAAGGAUACCAUUGCUGCCAACUGAGACAUCCAUCUCCUGCUGGUUUCCUGGUGACAUUUCCUUCCCUCCCCUUUAAUUCAUCUUUGAAAAGUACAUAGCACAAAUAAAAAGAUAUAUUAGCUGUA